UCACCACGCACGCACGCACGCACGCGGCAGGACCGCGCUUCCUUCCUCGCCCCCUCCUCCUCCUCCUCCGCCUCCGGCCGCCUAUACAUACCACCAUCUCCUCUCCUCUCCUCUCCUCUCUCCCCUACCGUUCCGCCAUUAACCGCCACUACUACUAACGCCUGAAUCUUGAUCCCACUUCCAUGCCUGCGACUCCACGAGUGCGCUGACAACCAACUACCACCAGACUCCAUGCGGCAUCGGCAGCAAGGGGAGGACAACAAGGAGCUCUUCGUGCAGUGGAGACCCUGCGACAAGAAGAGGUCCUAGUCGCCGGCGACCCGCAGCCGCAGGAACGGAUCUGUUUAUCGGGUAACUCUUUUAAUCGGUGGGUCUUGAAUGGUUGAUUCGAGCGCGGGUGGGAAGAUGAGCGCGCAUGGGGGCGGCGGCGGCAGGACGCGGGUGGGGAGGUACGAGCUGGGGAGGACGCUGGGGGAAGGGACGUUCGCCAAGGUCAAGUUCGCCAGGAACGUCGAGACCAGCGAGAAUGUCGCCAUCAAGAUCCUCGACAAGGACAAGGUCCUCAAGCACAAGAUGAUCGCGCAGAUAAAGCGCGAGAUCUCCACCAUGAAGCUCAUCAGGCACCCCAACGUCAUCCGCAUGUACGAGGUGAUGGCCAGCAGGACAAAGAUAUACAUAGUCAUGGAGCUUGUCACAGGCGGCGAACUUUUCGACAAAAUCGCUUCGCGUGGGAGGCUCAAAGAGGACGACGCCAGGAAAUAUUUCCAGCAGCUCAUCAACGCUGUCGACUACUGCCACAGCAGAGGCGUCUAUCACCGUGAUCUCAAGCCUGAAAAUCUUCUACUUGAUGCUAACGGCACUCUCAAGGUGUCCGAUUUUGGACUCAGCGCCCUAUCGCAGCAAGUCAGAGAGGAUGGUCUGCUGCAUACGACUUGUGGAACUCCUAAUUAUGUUGCUCCCGAGGUUAUAAAUAACAAAGGUUAUGAUGGAGCCAAGGCCGAUCUGUGGUCAUGUGGGGUGAUUCUCUUUGUCCUCAUGGCGGGCUACCUUCCGUUCGAAGAUUCAAAUCUCAUGGCGCUUUACAAGAAGAUAUACAAAGCAGACUUCAGUUGUCCAUCUUGGUUCUCGACCAGCGCGAAGAAGCUCAUCAAGAAGAUACUAGAUCCUAACCCGAACACUAGAAUAACUAUUGCUGAGGUUAUUAACAAUGAGUGGUUCAAGAAAGGAUAUCAGCCUCCUAGGUUUGAGACAGCCGAAGUUAAUCUGGAUGACAUCAACUCUAUUUUCAACGAAUCCGGGGACCCAGCACAGCUUGUUGUUGAGAGACGUGAAGAAAGACCGGCAGUGAUGAAUGCAUUCGAGUUGAUCUCUACCUCUCAGGGCCUCAAUCUUGGCACCCUUUUUGAGAAGCAAACUGAUUCUGUUAAACGUGAAACACGGUUUGCAUCGAGGCUUCCAGCAAAUGAAAUAUUGUCGAAAAUUGAAGCAGCAGCAGGACCCAUGGGCUUCAAUGUACAGAAGCGCAACUACAAGCUGAAGUUGCAAGGAGAGAAUCCUGGAAGGAAAGGUCAGCUGGCGAUUGCAACAGAGGUUUUUGAAGUGACACCCUCACUAUACAUGGUGGAGCUCCGCAAGUCGAAUGGCGACACCCUCGAAUUCCACAAGUUUUACCAUAGUAUCUCGAAUGGCCUGAAGGACGUCAUGUGGAAGCCAGAGGGUAGCAUAGCUGAAGGCGACGAGACCCGGCACCGGAGGUCUCCCCACCUCCUCGGGACCAAAACCCUAGCACACCAUGGUCGGCGGCUUCCCAAACAAGGGCAAUGCCCCGCUCUACCCCGCGCCAUCUCCCUGCCACCGUCUUCCUACCGGCCUCGUCAGCGCGUGAGCGUCCCAGUGCACCAAGCGUGGUGGCACUGUGAGCACCAUGUGCCGCUCCCUUACCCCGAUGUCACGCUGCCGCACGACUGGCAUCGGGAUCCGGAGAGGAUUUCGGUGUCGGUCGUGCCGCGGUCGGCGCGGGUGCAUGCGGAGGAGGUGAGCCGCCGUCGGCAUCUGCUGACGACGGAGCAGCGGCGAGACCCUGCUUACGCGGCCGACUCCCCUAACUGGGAGGUGUGGUUCGCGGUGGAGCACGAGGCGCAUCGCCGUCGUGGCGUGCGCGAAGUGCAGCCAGGAGGCCCUCCGCCGCCCCCGCCUAUCCUCAGCGACGAGGACCAGGAGGCUGAGGCCGCCUACCAGGCGGCGCUCGCAGAUGUCCUCCGCGACAGCGAGGAGGAAGCGCGAUGUAGGGCCGACGAGGAGGCAGCGUACCAGCAGCAGCUCGUGGAGGCCAUCACGCUGUCGGACGGCGACGACUGUGUCGUGCCACCUCCGCCGAAGCCCGAGCCCACGAAGCCGCGGGAGGUCUACCAAUGGACCGGCGUCGUCCACGAGUUCGUCAUGGCGCCGCCCAUCUGGCUGGGCGCGACACCGCAGCAGGAGCAAGCCUACCUCGAGCACUGGAGGUCGCAUCACCUGCUGGCGGAGCGCGCCGAAGGCCUUCGGCUCAUGGAGGAUUUUCGGCCCAUCCAUACAAUGGCCUUGGCCAGUAGGCCUGCCUAUAGACCCAACGAGAUCCACCACGAUAAACACGCGCACCAUUCGCUCCCACUGAGCUCGAUUCCGACGCGGUCGCACCUCACCUGGCUCUGGCUGGAACCCGCAUCGAGGCCGAGCGCGCCCGCCAUGAGAGAGGAGGUCAGGAGCUCGUCGGCGGCGCCCGCGGACCCGCCGCUGCGCUCAGACUCGCCGCCCGCCACCCCGGUCGCCAGUUCUGCCGGUGCUUCAUCUCCUCCCGCGCAAACAAAUGUAGCUACCAUAGAUUGGUUAGGCAGUGGGCAGUUAUCUAAAGUUGGGUCAUCGUCCCAUGUUGCUUCACAUGCUGCUCAACCUUCUCUUAGUACUAAUGCUGUUGGAGCUGCUAUGGAUUUCUCACAACCAUCAUGUAGACCAUGGGAACGAGGAGAUUUACUUCAUCGACUGGCCACAUUUAAGCCUUCAACAUGGGCUUCUAAACCAAAGGCUGCUAGUUCACUGGCCUGUGCUCAAAGGGGCUGGGUGAACAUUGGCGUGGACAAAAUUGAAUGCGACUCAUGUGGCGCACAUCUUAUAUUUACUGCAUUGACAUCCUGGUCCCCUGCUGAAGUUGCAAAUGCUGGAGAGGCCUUUGCCGAACAGCUUGACGCAUCGCACCAGAAUGAUUGUCCCUGGAGAGGGAAUAGCUGUGCUGAUAGCUUGGUGCAGCUCCACUUCACACCAUCAGCUCUUCUUGGUGGUUUUAAAGAUCGUUGUGAGGGGCUGUUGCAGUUUAUAUCUCUCCCUGUUAUUGCCUUGUCUGCAAUAGAGAGUAUGAAACUCACUAGGAGUCAGCAGAUUGAACAUGUCUUGUCCCAAUCAAUCACAAUUUUGUGUGGGGAGCUGGGUUACAAAACAGAUGGUACAACAGGAAUUGAUGUCAAUCAUCAAGAAGAAACCUGCAGCUACUCUCAAGCGCAGAAGUUUAUUAGCCUUUGUGGAUGGGAACCUAGAUGGCUUCCGAACGUACAAGACUGGGAAGAAAAUUCAACUCACUCUGCAAAAAAUGCAGCCUCAGCUGAACCAGAUAAAUGUUCCCGCUUUACUGAGCAUCAGCAAAAUUCAUACUCUACAUCAGUCAAGAAAGACAAGGGGAAAGGCAAACUACGUGUAAAAGAUUCUGGAUGCAGCAUGAGGUCACCUUUGCUGGAUUGCAACUUAUGUGGAGCUACAGUGAGAAUCUGGGACUUCAGAUCCGUUCCACGUCCUUCUCAUCUUAAUAUCGGCAACAUUGAUGCACCUGAUGCAGGGACGAAACCUAUGUUGGCACGUGGAAUUAGUGCUACGAGUGGGAUCAAUGGAUGCGUUGCUGAAGGAGCAGGCAGAAAUAAUGCUGAAGGACGUGAUGAGGCAUGCACUGCUGAGGGAAAAUCAUUGUCAAGUGCUCAGGUUGAUCUAAAUCUGACAAUGGCAGGAGGAUUGCCACCAACCCAUUCUGGGAUGCUCUCAAUGCCUGGAAAUUUCAAUAACGUGGGGAUGGGAAUAGAUCUGAUGAUCGGUCAGCCUACCGGAAGUGAGAUUGGUGGCUAUGCAGCCUCGUUUGAAUCUCGUGGCCCCAGUUCGAGGAAGCGUAAUCUGGAGGAAGGUGGGAGUACAGCUGAUAAGCCAAUAAACAGGCUUCAGCCUGCUGACAGUAUAGAAGGAACUGUAAUUGACCGCGACGGUGAUGAAGUUGAUGAUGCUGUACAAAAUUCAGAUAUUCGGAACAAAAGGCCUCGUGGCUUUAAUCUUUUUGAUGUCAACCGUCCAUCUUCUUCCGGAGCUGGUCCCAGCAGAAAUUUAAGUCUUGAGCUGGAUAUAGAUGUCAACAGAUUUGAGCCAUCUAAAGCUGAGGGUCCAUCUGCCCUUCGCAAUUCGUCUGCUAGGGACUCCAUGAGGGCAUCUUCUGUUAUUGCAAUGAAUAUUAUUCACGGUGCGGAGGAAAAUUCAAUGGAGAGUGUUGAGUACCAUCCAUGUGAUGGUGAUGAUGUUGAGAAGCCUUCAAGUGCACUCAGGAGUGGUGGAAUGAGCGACACAUUGGAUCUCAAUUGUAGCAACCAAGCACAGGAAAGCAAUUUUGUACAGCCUGCUGCUGACAGUAAUGCAAGAGAUAUAGGAGGGAGUAGUAUGAAUGGAGGGGAAGAAGUCCUCAAUGCAGAAACAGCCCCUGCUUUUGCUAGGGAUCAACUUAGCCUUGGAGUUAGUGGAGGCAGUGUUGGAAUGGGUGCUAGUCAUGAAGCCGAAAUUCACGGAGUCGAGAUUUCUGGACAUAAAACUGAGAGCGUUGUUGGAGAUGUGGAACCAGUUCCCGAGCUUACUGAAACCAUGGGUCAUACUGGUGAGUCAGCUCCUGGACCUGGAAUGAUGGAUGAGUUUGUCCCUGAGGAUGCUGGUCGAGAAGAGCCUCAGGGUGAUAGCCACGAUGUGGCAUCUCAGUUAGUGGGUCGAGUGGACAGUGGUUCAACUAAAGCUGAUUCGGUCGAGAGUGGAGAGAAGAUGAGCCACGCCAGAGGCCAGGAGAGUAACCUGCAACAUUCCCUUUCUUGCAAUGCAAGAGUUUAUUCUGGCAUUGAUUUAUCUAAAGAUGAAGUGACCCAGACUGGUAAAAUGCUGACGAAGGACGAGUAUGACCCAGGAAAUGAUCUUGGAGCAACGAAUGGGGAAAAUGAUUCUGAAACGGGUCUUCCAGAGUUUGAUCCAAUCAAGCAUCACAACAACUAUUGUCCAUGGGUUAAUGGAUAUGUUGCCACUGCUUGCACUAUGAAUACUGGUUCCAGCACAAAUAGUGCAGCAUUUUGUGGCUGGCAGCUUACAGUAGAUGCACUUGAGACUGUCCAGUCUCUUGGUCAAAACCAGUAUCAAGCCAUGAAGUCUGAUUCUGCGGCAUCACUAUAUAAGGAUGACCACGCCGCACCUAGCCACAAGCUGCUGAAAAGGCCAAAACACAGCAAGUGCUAACUGAAGCGCCUCUGGUACAUGCGUACAUUCGCUAAACUUGGAUCCAGCUCAAAAUUAGUUUGACUGAUGCAAAUCUGAAGAAAUCUAGUUUGCUAUCUGCAAGACUAGGCUUGGAGCUCGACAUAGCAGAAGAGCUCAGAAGGCGCAAGCAGGCGGCGGAAGAGGAAUAAGUUAAGCAUUGUAGAUUGUAGAUGGACUUGUUGCCUAGCUGUUGUUUCUUUUAUUGUGUUUAUAUAUUGCUAUUCUGGAAGAUUUUGUGAGUCUAAAAUUCUGAAUGUACCGUCUAUAAGACUUAUGAUUUAUGCCAAUGAACAGCAUUUGGCUGAGUUAACCUUAA